AUGUUUUACGUGGACACUCAACGGACUACCACGCGGCGGGACAGCUCACUCAUAACGACCGCCAGAUCACCAGAUCGAGACUCCUUACUGUCCAUCCGUGGCCAAUCCAGCGCUCACUUCGGUAGCGACCAGGGUACUCUUGCUGCAGUCGUUCGCCCAAGGGGCUCCGUACAAAGGGAACUGGUUACUUCCCUCUUUGAAUCGAAUCUUAAAUACAUUGUGGACUCUUGGGAAAUUAUUGAACCGGAAAAACCUAGCUCGGAUAUAGAAAAGACGGGUAGUGAAGCUACGCUUUUUCCGGCUAAAAAGAAGGGAAAAGAACCACCAGCAAAAGUGGACAGUAAAAGUGUAAAGUCUAAAAUGGUCAGGUCAAAGUCGGGAUCGCUUCCGAUGGAAUUGAUGACAUACGUUCCGUGGUGGUCAGGGCCGGAUGAGCGUGCUAUCAUACACUUCAAUAACGGAAACCUGUACGAAGGCAACAUUUCUAUGAAGUGCAUGAAUGGAGAAGGGCGGUUUCAGUGGGCCGAUGGAACGGUGUACUUAGGGCAAUUCAAAAACAACGAAAUGGUUGGUAAAGGGAUGAUACAGUGGAAGAACGAUACGUGGUACGAAGGCGAGUUUGCUUGUAACCUGAGGCACGGUCGUGGGCUGUACGUCGACUCCCGCGCACAGGGGUCGUAUGUCGGAGGCUGGCACCUCGGGACCAAGCACGGCGUUGGCGCCUUGCACUACCCGGGCCACAGCACUAACUCGUACGACGGGGAGUGGGUUCAUAAUGUAAGACAUGGAGCUGGAUCACGCGAGUACUGUCAUGAUAGUGGCUACAAAGGAGAUUGGGACGCUUACAUGAGAGAGGGGCAAGGUUUGAUGAUAUGGCCGAACCAUGACUUCUACAGUGGCGGUUGGAAAAACAACGUUAUAAGUGGUUACGGUAUUUACAUCUGGAACUUGUACUCAAAUAACUCGAUGUCCAUGCCGUCGAUUAACCUCUACCGUGGCGAAUGGCACAAGGGCAAACGCCAUGGCUACGGGGUCCUGAAUUUCGGCUAUGGUUUGGGUUCGCAUUACAAAGGCGAGUUCAAAGAUAACUUAAAGCAUGGUUAUGGAAAAUUAGUCACCAAUACUGGUCAGAUCUUUCGACAUAAAGCGUUGUUCCAGGAUGAUAAUCUCGGGCCCCACGAGUCAGAGAAUGAGUGUGAUGAGCACUGUUACGCUCAAUCACUUCGGAGUCCUCAUCCGAAACCACCUCAAGUCCAGAAAACAAUUGAAUUUAACAUAUGUGACUCCAGCCUAAGUCUAAUCUAUCAUAUUCAUCAGGCUCUUAAGCAUAUUGAUCGAGAAGCUGAAAUAAGAGCUCAUAUCAUCCAUAACUUCAUAGAGAACAACAAAUAUCUCAAUUUCAAUACUGGUAAACACAAAGAUGAAACUCCAGAAGAAAACUUUAAUAUUGACGAUUUGAUAACUUUUGAGGAAACGUCUCUUCGCAAAGCUCUAAGAUGUUAUGAAACAGAAUUGAGGAAAAUAUACUUACAAUAUGCAAAGAUAUGUAACACGGAAGAGAUUACUUUCACUCCUAAUCUUAUCCGCUUGUAUCUUUGGCAGCUGUACUUUGAUUGCAAGAUCCACGAAAAAGGCUUAACGCUAGUCCAAAUAGAUGAUAUAUUCUUCAGUAAUCCUGAAUGGAUUGCUCGAUCGCCGCACAAUCCUUUCGAAAAAAUACACUAUUGGCAAUUUCAGCAUGGCCUCGUAACCGUUGCGAGCAAGUUGUAUGCUAAAACAACAUUUCCGGGACCGAAACCAGAUACGAUCUUAGCCAGCGCGUUUAGAACAUUCAUGGAUAAAGAUGUCUUGCCCGGUUCAGUUAGUCAUAAAGGUCACCUAGUAAACGGCCCCGGAGUGUACGUGCCCCUGAAGGCCCUGUACUCGCUGUACCGCAGCCUCGGCGAGCCGCACACGAUCCGCAGGUUCCUGUGCGCGGCGCUCCGCCCCCACCACGACCUGGAGCGCCCGCAGCCGCCGCUGCUCGAGCCGCCCGAUGAAUACCUCCCGAUUGGACGGAACGGAUACGUCUUUGAAGAUGAUAUGAUAUUCACACUUGAAGGAGACAAUCUAAAACAAUGUCCGGUUGAAGAUGCAGAUGGCGAACCACCGCUAAAACUUUUUAAUUUUGGCAAUUUGUCUUGCAAAAUGAUUAUAAAGAUAUUUGGAAGAAUAUUUCCUAAUGUUUUUGGAAAUAAUAACGUAUUGAAUGUAGACAUUGAAAUAACGUUUUACGAAUUUUUUGAAGCCUUCAUCAGUUGUGCUGAGGAGAGUGUUAGAAUGAAAGAAGAACAGUUUAAAGAAGCGGCCGUGCAAACUACCUACAUACCGUUAGAAAAGGUUACCUAAUUUAAAA